CCUCCUCCGAUCCCCACCUCGCUUCACACUAGCCGAGGAGACGCGAGCGCGAGCUGCUCUCCUCUCCUCCCGCCCCGCGUCGCCGACGUCGAGGCGGCGGUCGACGUCGACGUCGCCGGGGAUGGCCGGGCAGCAGCCGCAGCAGCAGGGCCCACCGGAGGACGACUUUUUCGACCAGUUCUUCUCCCUGACCAGCUCCUUCCCUGGCGCCGCGCCGGGCGGCCGCGCCGCCGGUGACCAGCCCUUCUCCCUCGCGCUCAGCCUCGACGCCGCCGCGGCGGCCGAGGCGUCCGGGAGCGGGAAGAGGCUCGGGGUCGGCGAUGACGCCGAGGGUGGCGGCAGCAAGGCGGAUCGGGAGACCGUGCAGCUCACCGGACUCUUCCCGCCGGUGUUCGGCGGCGGCGGCGUGCAGCCGCCGAACCUCCGCCCCACCCCGCCUACCCAGGUGUUCCACCCGCAGCAGUCGAAGCAGGGCGGAGCAGCCGUCGGGCCGCAGCCGCCGGCGCCGAGGCCGAAGGUGCGAGCGCGGCGUGGGCAGGCGACCGACCCCCACAGCAUCGCGGAGAGGCUAAGAAGAGAGAGAAUAGCAGAAAGGAUGAGGGCCCUACAGGAAUUGGUCCCCAAUACAAACAAGACAGAUAGGGCAGCUAUGCUAGAUGAGAUCCUUGAUUAUGUGAAAUUCCUGAGGCUGCAAGUAAAGGUUUUAAGCAUGAGCAGGCUGGGUGGCGCGGGUGCUGUUGCACAGCUGGUUGCUGAUAUUCCACUUUCAGUUAAGGGGGAAGCAAGCGAUAGUGGGGGCAACCAACAGAUUUGGGAAAAGUGGUCAACGGAUGGCACAGAAAGACAGGUAGCGAAGCUGAUGGAAGAAGACAUCGGGGCAGCGAUGCAAUUUCUCCAAUCCAAAGCACUCUGCAUGAUGCCAAUCUCGCUCGCCAUGGCAAUCUAUGACACACAACAAACACAGGAUGGACAACCAGUGAAGCACGAACCCAACACUCCUUCCUAGUAUAGUAAUAGCAACUGUAAGUCUGUAACAUGAAUCGUUACAACCCCUAGUAGACAUCAACCUAUCAAAGUGUAAGAUAAAACAGCUCGUUUUGAUUCACUAACAAGGAGGCAGGAAAAGACCUAAGAGAUCCUCUCCACUUGAAGUUGUACCAAUGGUAUAUGAUGUCACCUUUCGUUAUCAUCUUUUGUUCAAAGGUGCUUUGAUUGCAAGGAUAUGGUAAGCAAUAGCCUGCUCAUCCUCCUACACCUUUCAAUGCCCCUAUGAGCGCGGGUGAUUGAGAGAGCUACUAAAGAGUCUGGCAUGCUCUCACAUUGUCUCUUUUCGAGUCUGUAGUGCACCAACCAUACACUUUGUGGUGGGGACUGCUUUUUUGGUAGUGGGUGUUUGGACUAAUCAAAAGGGAUUGAUGUAUGCCUGUGUCUGCAGCCUGCACAAUGGUUGACGGAAUUUGAACACAAGAUGAAAUGGAAGAUGAUUUUGAUGGUGAUGUUCAUUUAUCUCCAUUUUUCCAAAGUGGAGGCGGAGGCUUUGGUCAAUGGAGGCUGAGCGUGCGCUAAGCUGAUCGCUAGUGGGUCUGCUAUCUACAUCUACAUGCACUACUGUUGUAUCUAUUGUGACAUACUCUUGAUAAGAAACUGCGGUAUAAAGUUUAAUCUUUCUAUUGGCGAUUAAUCCAUAGAAUUACUUUGUA